GGCAGCAAUCCACGUGGCGCAAUAAGUGCCACUGAUCACAUUCUCUCUGCAUUAAAGCCCAGUUGUCCAUACCUUCUCCUGCAACUCUGUACUGUUCCUCUAGGCUUUAUUGCAAUUUCCCAUCACAUUUCUUCUCAUUAUCAUGUCCAUUGGAACUUCAAACUCUGCAUUUUUUUGGCAAUCUUCUUUUUCUGAUAAACUGCAGCACCAGGUCUUGCUCUCGAUCAGCUAAUAUAUGUUUUGUAGAGGAGAUUUUGAGUAGCCUGAGAAGGCCAAAAUUUUAAAGGAUAGUUACUUCCCUCAUCUGUUCCGUUGUCUACGUAAUUUGUGAGCAUUGCUUAUGAAGAGGGUUAGCAAUGAGUUAGAUUUAAAGCUUGCUUUAGGAUACUCCAAACCAAGUGGGAAGGAAAAGAUGAAGAAUGAAUCAGGUGCAGGUGUAAAUGCAAGAGGAGGCUCUAGUUAUAAUAUAUUCUCGGCACCUGAUCCGUUGUCUGAACUAGUUUGGUCUCCCCAGAAAGGCGUGAGUCUGAAAUGCACCGAAAACAGUUUAGCUAAUAACAAGCCCUUUCUUGUGUGGAAUGUGGCACCCUGCAAUGACCUUUCUGCCCCUUCGGAAAUUGUCAGAUUCAACAGUGUUUAUGAUGAAAAGGAGUUCGACAGAGGAAAAACUUGUGUUAUGGAGAAAACAAAACCUGCAGAUAGAGUUGGAAAUGAUGAUACCCAUCAAAACAAAGAGCCUCAGGUGAAGAGUGAAGAGAAGGAUCUCUCCUUUACACAGAGUGUUCAGAUGAUGACAGGAAAGGAUGAUGGCUGUGAAAAUUAUGCCGGGGAUGAAGAACACCAGACAGCAAAGUCUGUGGGACAGGGUGAAGUUGCUGCAAGCAGUUGCAGCAUACACGAAGAGAAUGCCGGUUUAGUUUCUACAACAGCCUUGGAAGAUUUCCUACCUUCAAGAAAUUCUGGACCUGUUAAUGCUUCAGUCCCUAAUCUUACACUGCAAAAGACAGAGUUCACUGCUGAAAAUGACAUACAGAACUCAGCCAUGAAAGAAGCAAGUCUGCAGUUUAGGGACUCUCUGCCACUUGCAGUUUCUUCAACACAAAAAAUAUCUUCUUCUUCACGGAAGAGGAAAGGUAAAAGGAAAGAUUUUUUACAUAGUGACGAGGAAGAAGACAGCAGCCAUGAGAGUGUGGAAAGCUGCAACAGCACGAAGGUGUCUCUCAGAAGGGGCAAAAGAAUGAGAGAGCAAACCAAAAUUGCGUCUUCUGAUCCAACCCCCAAAGAUGCUGGAAACAGCUCUUUUAUGACUUGGGUUUCUAAUAUGGUGAACGGUUCCUCAAACCCGGACCAAGAAGAAGUUCCUUCCCUUGCCCUUGCCCUUACUUGUGCUAAUAUUGAUAAUGUGAAUAAUUAUGGAAUUUCCACGUGUGAAAAAAACAUAGAGUUCCAAGCCAUGUUUCAUUCUCUAUAUUCUCCACAAGAUAAAAGAACACCAAAAGAUGAUCUGUCUGCUGGGGAAUCUAAGGAUGCCUUUUCAGAUGACAAGAUGGUUAUUGAGGUUUCACCAAUAACAUGCCAUCGAGAGGAAAAUGAUGUGUUGGAUGAGAAAAUCAACACAACCGACAUGGAUGAAGGUGCCUCUUCGCCUAAAUCCCCAAUUUUGUCUCAGGAAUGUAAAUCAAAUUCUCCAGAAAACAAAAAGAAAAUGGAAGGGUGUUCUUCUGGUUCUAUGUGUAUGCUUAGAACGGACAAUAAUGGAGAGAGCACCAGUCCAAGUCACCAUUCUGAAAAAAAAGAAACAAAAGAUACAUAUGAUGUUACUUCUCUUCAAAGCUUUUGGAUCACCCGAUUUUCAGCCCGGGACCCAAGCACAGUCUUAAACUCACCCGAAAGCAGAGAAAAUAGAGAUGAGUCAGCUAAAUGUGCAAAGUCUGAACCUAAUGCUCAGAUAACUUGUGAAUAUCUUGUUUCUAAUAACAAUAAAGUUUCUGAACCGAAGGGGUUGUUUUCUGAAGAUCCUGACUAUGAGCUGUUAAAGGACAUGCAGUGUAAUACAAUGGACGAGGAUGCUUUCAUUGCAUUCAAAGAUGACAGUAAAUCGAUUCAUAAAUUGAAUCCGAUCACGCCCUUUACAAAACUGAAGAGCUCAGAGGCAAUGACAUCAUUGUUCGCAAGGAGAUUGGAUGCUUUUAAACACAUCAUACCUCCAGACACUAGAAACGAAGCAACUUGCACAAAAACAAUCUGUUUGUUCUGUGGAAAGAAUGGACAUGAUUUACAUAACUGUUCAGAUGCAGAUGAGAGUGAGCAGGAAGACCUUUUGAGGAAUAAGGUGUGUUCAUAUGAUUGGGCUGAAGGUUCUCAUUCAUUUUGCAUCAGAUGCUUUAAGCUUGAUCACUGGGCUGUUGCAUGUCCAAUGGCAACUUCAGGAGGUAGGCAAUACUGGGGAAAGCAUGGCAAUUAUUGUUCCAAUGGUUCUAACUUUGUAGCAAAGGAGGAAGGGUGUUCGAAUAUUAUUGUCAAUCAUGUUGGGGGAUUCAAAGAGAAACCUACAUUCUUCAACGAUACUAAUAUCCUGGGUCAUAACCUGAAAUCAAGUGUGCCAAAAGGAGCUUUUGAUGCUAUAAGGAGACUUCGUUUGUCUCGUGGAGAUAUCCUCAAAUGGCUGAACUCCAAAGCAUCAUUGUUCCACUUAGAUGGUUUUUUCUUGCGUCUGAGACUCGGACGGUGGGAAGGUGGGGGCUUAGGAGGAACGGGCUACUUCAUUGCUCGUAUAGCUGAGUCCCAACAAGACCAUUCGACAAAAAAUUCCAAGUGCAUCUCAGUAAGUCUUUGUGGCAUCACUUGCUCUGUCGAAAGCCAGUAUGUGUCCAACCAUGACUUUCUUGAGGAGGAACUUAUGACCUGGUGGUGCAAAACAUCUGAAAGUGGAGGCAAGAUUCCUUCUGAAGAUGAGCUGAAGAUAAAAGUUGAAGAGAGGUUGAAGUUAGGCUUUUGAAAUCAAACACCUAAAAGAAACCACAAAAAAGAAAGAGGAGAAAGAAUGGAUCCUCUCAAAGUGCAAACCUGCAAGGUUCUAGUUUGGUUGCCAUGAAGAUCACAAUAUUGAUCUGUUCCAUUUCCAGUCCUGUAAGAGUUCCAUAGCUGAUUUGUACUUUCUACACAUGGUGGCCUAAUCUUUUUUGUUGAAGGUGACAAGUAAAUACAGUAGGUCCAUGUUACUACCACACACCACAGAUGACACCAAUAUUGACACCACCAGACAUAAUUUCUCAGUCUAUGCGUAAUUGUACAUGAUAAUUUCUCAUGGUGUCAGACUUGGCGUCAUCUCUGAGUUAAAGUAGCAUUUUCCAAAAAGUAUGCCUUGACAAUUUAAUAAAUGAAGCACUUGAAAAUCA